AUGCUUAGAUCGGCGUCCCAAAGCUCUGGGCGCCGUGAGAGCCUGGCGGACCGUCUUGCUUCUCGCAACGUUCAGAAGAGCAUCCCAAACGGCAUCCGCAGCAGCUCUGUCCCUUCGCGGGUGACCAGAGGCCAAGGACAAGAUGCGCAGUUGGUGAGACCGCAAGCGCUGUUCCCUGGACCUUCAGGAGAGCGGGGCCAUAGCCACGAGGGCUGGCUUGCCAAGCGCAGCUCGGGAAAGAUCUCGGGCAGGUGGCAGCGACGCUACUUUCGCUUGCAAGGUUGUUUCCUUCGGUACAUGCAGACACCUACGAGCACUGCCAAGAAGACAUUCGACUUGCGCAAGGUGAGGAACCUAUCAGUAGUUGAUCUGCAUGAGUUGGAGCUGGACUUCGGCUUCCGCGUGUGGCGUCUGCGAUGUGCUGAUGCAGCCACGGCCAAACGUUGGAUGGUACUGCUGGAAGCCGCACGACUCACAGGACUUCGUGAUGGAGGUGGCGAGGACUUCAGUGAUGGUGAGGUUAGCGGCGAGGAAAGCAGUUCGUGUACUGUGAGCAGUAGCUUAUCAGUCACGACUGCCACUUCAUUUGCAUCGGAGAGUCUGGAGACGGCAGAACCAAGCACGCCGAAGUUCGGUUCAAAUGUCAGGCCUCCGCCUCUCUCGGAUAUCCUCGAGUUGGACCUCCUGCGUCUCGAUGGCAACUUCGUCACAUGGUUUCCCUUUCUCGUGAAGUCAGAGGAGGAAACAAGAGUCUUCCGCGACCUCAGCACUGCAGCUGUCCUUGAUGGUUUGUCUUCUGCCCUUCGGCAUCUCUGGGCAUCUCUGAGCGGCACUUCGGAAGUCGAAGUCCCCCAGGCCAUGCUGGAUGCAUCGAAAGCGGCCCAGCAAGCUGUUUUUUCCCAGGUUACAGGACAGGGCAAAUCGUCUGCAAGGGAGUGGGUCGACCACUUUUUUGGAGAGUUUCUCACGCGUAUCCUACAAGCGGUGGAGGACUGGGUCGCGAUGAUGGAUCCCAGUGCAGAGGAUCUGAGCCAAAUUGCGCAGUGGAUAGUUUUUGAGGCACGGCCUGCCAUUCUGCACUUCUGCGCUGCGGGGAUUGUCGCAGGGGAGGCCGCCUUGAGCAGUUCUGCUAUCUACGAUACCUUGGAGAACUUCUUGCUUCGCGAGUGGGAGUCCAGGAGUUGCGAGGAGAGUGCAACCCUCUUCGCGCAGAUUUUUGAAGGGUACAGAGAGGCGGUCCCGCAGCUUGCACCCGGGCUGCGGCACCUGGGUGCG